AUGUUACGCUCUAUAAAAGCGCAUAGAGGAGGGCAGAUUUGUUCCCAGCACAAAAAUGACCUACGCUACAGUAGCUACUAUCGUUUUUUUGCUUGCCACCUUGUGUUCAAGCUCAGUGGAACGGCUACAAUCCGUGGGGGCAAGUUCGGUCCGAAUUUCAACCCACCUCCUCAAAACCCUGACCAAAACACUGGAAAUAACAGGUGGAAUCCUUUCAGCCCGAAUUUUAACCCAAUCCCACAGGGUGGAGUGUUCGAUCCCAACUGGGGAAAAAACCUCGAGAACAAGAUCAAGCAAGAAGUCGAGAACAGCCUACGCCAACACGGAAAGGGGAAUAUCAGUGUGUCGAAUUCCGGCAGUUCUGCAAUAAUCGUCAACACAGAGAACGGGAAAACUGUGGUCUCAGUGACGGUCGAUGGGAAACGCUUCGUGGCCACGUUCCCAGGAAGCAGUUCGAUAUCCACCUCCUCACGCUCCUUCUACAACAACGGGCAGCGCGUCCAAGAGAACGUAAUCACAGUAAAUGGCCAGACUUACAUUCUAAGAACAGUUAAUGGGCAAACAACUGUCCUCGGUAACGAUAAUCCAUUUCGUGCCACUUCUCGCUAA